AUGAGGUCCUUCGCUCCUCUUUCGCUCCUUACCAUGGCGCUGGCCGCCGUGGGCGACACCGCUGCCGUCCCAACCAAGACUCUCAACCGUCGCUCCGACUUCUGUGACCAGUGGGGUUCCACCACCACCGGUAGCUAUAUCGUCUACAACAACCUCUGGGGCCAGAGCUAUGAUACCUCCGGCAAGCAAUGCACCGGUGUUGACUCGCUGAGCGGCAGCACCAUCGCCUGGCACACCUCUUGGUCGUGGGCCGGCACCUCCAACCAGGUCAAGAGCUACGCCAACGUUGCUCUGCAGUUCACCGCUAGGAAGCUGAGCGCUGUCAAGAGCAUCAAGUCCAACUGGAAGUGGAGCUCCACCAACACUAACGUCGUCGCCGACAUCGCCUACGACAUGUUCCUGAGCUCCACCGCGGACGGCGACGAGGAGUACGAGAUCAUGGUCUGGCUCGCUGCCCUGGGCGGCGCUGGCCCCAUCUCCUCCACCGGCUCUGCUAUCGCCACUGUCACCAUCAACGGUGUCUCCUGGAAGCUCUACAAGGGCCCCAACGGCAGCAUGACCGUCUACAGCUUUGUCGCUUCCUCCACCGUUACCAAUUUUUCCGGUGACAUGCUUGACUUCUUCACCUACCUUGAGAACAACCAGGGCCUCAGCUCUAGCUUGUACCUCACUCACGUUCAGGCUGGUACCGAGCCUUUCACUGGCACCUCUGAUCUCACUGUUUCCUCUUACUCUGCUGUUGUUGCGUAA